GAGUGUGUAUGAGUGAGUGUGUGAGGCUCAGUAAAGGGUAUGUCUGUAUUGCCCAGAGAACUAUUCACGCUGAGACAACUUUCCUCUACCUGAUAGUUUGUUGUUUUAAUCAACUGUUUUAUGUUUCAGUUGUCCCGUGUGUUCCCUCUUCUUCCUCUGGGUCACCAGGUUCCCUCUUCUUCCUCUGGGUCACCAGGUUCCCUCUUCUUCCUCUGGGUCACCAGGUUCCCUCUUCUUCCUCUGGGUCACCAGGUUCCCUCUUCUUCCUCUGGGUCACCAGGUUCCCUCUUCUUCCUCUGGGUCACCAGGUUCCCUCUUCUUCCUCUGGGUCACCAGGUUCCCUCUUCUUCCUCUGGGUCACCAGGUUCCCUCUUCUUCCUCUGGGUCACCAGGUUCCCUCUUCUUCCUCUGGGUCACCAGGUUCCCUCUUCUUCCUCUGGGUCACCAGGUUCCCUCUUCUUCCUCUGGGUCACCAGGUUCCCUCUUCUUCCUCUGGGUCACCAGGUUCCCUCUUCUUCCUCUGGGUCACCAGGUUCCCUCUUCUUCCUCUGGGUCACCAGGUUCCCUCUUCUUCCUCUGGGUCACCAGGUUCCCUCUUCUUCCUCUGGGUCACCAGGUUCCCUCUUCUUCCUCUGGGUCACCAGGUUCCCUCUUCUUCCUCUGGGUCACCAGGUUCCCUCUUCUUCCUCUGGGUCACCAGGUUCCCUCUUCUUCCUCUGGGUCACCAGGUUCCCUCUUCUUCCUCUGGGUCACCAGGUUCCCUCUUCUUCCUCUGGGUCACCAGGUUCCCUCUUCUUCCUCUGGGUCACCAGGUUCCCUCUCCGGCCUCCGGGUCACCAGGUUCCCUCUCCUUCCUCUGGGUCACCAGGUUCCCUCUCCUGCCUCUAGGUCACCAGGUUCCCUCUCCUUCCUCUAGGUCACCAGGUUCCCUCUCCUUCCUCUAGGUCACCAGGUUCCCUCCCCUUCCUCUAGGUCACCAGGUUCCCUCUCCUUCCUCUAGGUCACCAGGUUCCCUCUCCUUCCUCUAGGUCACCAGGUUCCCUCUCCUUCCUCUGGGUCACCAGGUUCCCUCUCCUUCCUCUAGGUCACCAGGUUCCCUCUCCUUCCUCUAGGUCACCAGGUUCCCUCUCCUUCCUCUAGGUCACCAGGUUCCCUCUCCUUCCUCUAGGUCACCAGGUUCCCUCUCCUUCCUCUAGGUCACCAGGUUCCCUCUCCAGCCUCUAGGUCACCAGGUUCCCUCUCCGGCCUCUAGGUCACCAGGUUCCCUCUCCGGCCUCUAGGUCAACAGGUUCCCUCUCCGGCCUCUAGGUCACCAGGUUCCCUCUCCGGCCUCUAGGUCAACAGGUUCCCUCUCCGGCCUCUAGGUCACCAGGUUCCCUCUCCGGCCUCUAGGUCACCAGGUUCCCUCUCCGGCCUCUAGGUCACCAGGUUCCCUCUCCGGCCUCUAGGUCACCAGGUUCCCUCUCCGGCCUCUAGGUCAACAGGUUCCCUU